GGGAGGUCCCGUGGGACACCAGGGUCUGGAGCAGAGCAGGUAGCAGCCUGCUGCCCUGACAGCUGUCUCUGCUCCUCAGAUUGCCAGUGGCUGCUAUGCAGCAGGUGCAGCCUGGUCUCUCACUGAGUCUUUACUCCACAAAGGCAGCGGCUGGCCAAGGCAGUGGUUGGUCCUGGAUUACACAAGUGCAGACACUCAACUAAGUGAGCUGGAAGACCCAGGAGAAGACCGAGGCUCAGGUGCCCACAUGAUCAGCACAGCCAGGGUACCUGCGGAUAAGCCAGUUCGCAUCGCUUUUAGCCUCAAUGAUGCUGCAGAUGAUACACCUCCUGAAGAGUCCAUUCCUUUGGCCUUUCCAGAAUUAGACCAGCAACUACAGCCUCUGCCACCCUGUCAUGACUCCAUGGAAUCCAUGCAGGUCUUCAAACAGCACUGCCAAAUAGCAGAAGAAUACCAUGAGGUCAAAAAGGAAAUCGCCCUGCUUGAGGAAAGGAAAAAGGAGCUCAUUGCCAAGCUGGAUCAGGCAGAGAAGGAGAAAGUGGAUGCUGCUCAGCUGGUUCAAGAAUUUGAGGCUCUGACGGAGGAGAAUCGGACACUGAAGUUGGCCCAGUCACAAUGUGUAGAACAACUGGAAAAACUUAGGAUACAGUAUCAGAAGAGGCAGGGCUCAUCCUAACUUGAAAAUUGUCUAUGUCAGCCCAGAGGUUGGUGUAUUCUAUGUGCUGGCCAAAAGAUUCUUACUCUAAAGGGAGGGUGAGUCAGCUACUGCCUUUCCUUAGUGCCCACAUGGCCAAUGUCUAUACAUGAGUUAAAGGCUUACCAGCUUCUAGUUUGAGAGAAGGGAUAUUUUGAGUGAGAUCACUAUUGUAAAGCUGUUGCUUGUGUAUGUUUCAGAGAUCAGGAUUUUCCCCCAAAGACAUAUAUUUUUUCUUAUUUAGGAAAACAUGAUUAUAUUAUCCAUCAAGCCAAAAAUAGUAUAUUGACUAACUUUGCUAAGAAUUAUGCACUGAGCAGAGCUAAGUCAUGAAACAAGCUAGUAAGAUGCUCACUGUAGUUCUACUUUUAUGCAUUUUGAAAUUUCAUGCCUUCAGUAUUUCAAAUGUGUUCCAAUCUAAACCAUCAGUUGUCUCUGAGUAUAUUUAUGUUCCCCAGAGACAGAUUUACUCCUUCAGUGAUUGAUUGUACUAAAAAUAAGUGGCUGCAUAUCAUGAAAGCUUUCUCAUGAAAAUACUAGCAGAAAUCCUCUUUGUGCCAAAAGUACAUUCGCUAGUGCUAACUUGCUGUUGUCGUAAAACACAGAUAAGGCAGCUUUACUUCACACCAAGCUUGCAGUAAACACCUCUGUCUUUGUGUGUGUUCUGAGGGCAUGUGGGAAAGAGGAAAGUAUUCUUUGAAUUGUGCUA